AUGCUGCCCGCUCGCCUGCAGUUCAGGCUGUUGACUUUCUUUCGUGGAUUCGCUCCCACGGCAGCGCGCCAUGGCUCGGAGCCGCUCUUGGGGAGGAAGCGGGCUGCCGCCGCCUCCUUCCAGCACUCAUCGAGUCUGGGACGCGAGCUUCUUUAUGACCCUUGGACAGUCGAGGGCUUUGGAGAAGGUGCUGACAUGCAGGAGCGUUUUCUGUUCCCAGAGUACAUCCCGGAGCCGGAGCCGGAGCUCACCCGGCGAGAGCAGUUGCAACAGCUCCAGCAACAGCAGGAGGAGGAGGAGCGACGAGGGCAGCAGCGGCGGGAGGAGCGGCGACAGCAAAACCCAUGGACCAGGCCCCGGGAGCACCCGGUCGUGGGGCACCCGGACGCGGCAGUGCCACCCAGCGGCGUGAACUGCUCGGGCUGCGGGGCAGAGCUGCACUGCCAGGACCCUGGCGUGCCCGGCCACCUGCCCUGCGACAAGUUCCGCACGGCGGAGGCAGACGGCGGGUUGGCGCGGACCGUGUGCCAGCGAUGCUGGCUGCUGGUGCACCACCGGCGCGCUCUACGCCUGCAGGUGAGCCGCGAGCAGUACCUGGAGCUGGUGAGCGCCGCGUUGCGGCGGCCCGGGCCUUCCCCGCUCUACGUGGUGGACCUGCUCGACCUGCCCGACGUCCUGCUGCCCAAUUUGCCCGCGCUGGUGGGCCCCAAGCAGCUGAUCGUGCUGGGAAACAAAGUGGACCUCCUGCCCCAGGAUGCUCCUGGCUACCGGCAGAGGCUGCGGGAGCGACUGUGGGACGACUGUGCCCGGGCCGGGCCUCUGCUGGCCCCUGGCCACCAGGCCACAGACUUCGUCAAGAACGAGCCACAGGACGGGGAGAACGAACCGCCGAACUGUCCCGCACCGUGGUCAGGAGACGUGCGAUCGAUCAGCGCCAAGACUUGGCUAUGGAGUGGAAGAGUUGAUUUCGCCCUUCAGCGCCCCUGGCGCUACCGGGGGGACGUCUACUUAGUGGGCGCCACGAACGCCGGCAAUCCACUCUUUAACACGCUCCUGGAGUCCGAUUACUGCACCGCCAAGGGCUCCGAGGCCAUCGACAGAGCCACCAUCUCCCCUUGGCCAGGUACUACAUUAAACCUUCUAAAGUUUCCCAUUUGCAACCCAACUCCUUACAGAAUGUUUAAAAGACAUCAAAGACUUAAAAAAGAUUCAACUCAAGCUGAAGAAGAUCUUAGAUAUGAAUAAAAUCAGCUUAAUGUCCUGAAAAAGCAUGGUUAUGUCGUAGGAAGAGUUGGAAGGAUAUUUUUGUAUUCAGAAGAACGGAAGGAUACAGUUCUUGAGUUUGAUGCUGAUUCACUUGCCUUGACAUGGAAAAUGAACUCUGUUAGGUGUCACAUAAAAUCCACCAAACAAGUAGAAUUGACUGCACAAGAUGUGAAAGAUGCCCACUGGUUUUAUGACACCCCUGGAAUUACAAAAAGAAAACUGUAUAUUUGGGAAAUCAGUCAGCUUGGUUUACAGUCGCGGGCUUCCAACACCCUCCUGUGCAUAUCACCUCCUUGGACAGGGCAGACACUCUGUAUCAGAAGCAUGCACAAUAAUGCUACUCCAGUUUUUAUCUAUACCUGUGCUGACCGAGAAUAUCUUUCCACCGAAUAA